GGAAAUCCUAUUGAACUUCCUGUCAACACACACACGCAGCAUUACAGGAAGAUGUCAGAGAAAAAAGUCCUGGUCCAGAGGAACAAAUGAUCGAAAUGAGGACUUCUGCCGCAUAAAUGUAAAGAAGCCCCCAUGGAUCUCAGUGAGGAGGAGUCUGCCCCUCUGGUGGUCAGAGACCGGGGAGGCAGCCAGAGAUCCAGUUCCAGCACUGGUCCCAGUUUACAAGUACAUCUCUACUUCUUCCCAACCACAAAGGAUGCAACAACGCUGCAGAUCACAUCGGGCCAGAUCUCUGCUGAAAAUGUCUGCAUCCAGGCAGGCAAAAAAUGUGGAAUCUUACCAGUGUACCAAAGUCUUUUUGGUUUGGCAUCUGCCGAUCUCUCAUUCUGGUAUCCUCCAUCGCACAUGUUCAACACAGAAGAAAACCUACAAGUACACUUUAGAGUCAGGUUUUUCUUUGGAAACUGGUUUGGACAAGGGCCGAGAGCGUCAUACCGCUACAGUCUGACCCGAGACACAGUCAGUCCCAUUCUCGACUACAGUGUCAUUGAUUAUCUCUUUGCUCAGUCGCGAAGUGACUUUAUUGCUAGUGAGGCAGGAGUGUCUCCACCUUUGAGUGCCCAGGAGGAAUGCCUCGACCUUGCAGUGCUGGACUUGUGGAGACUGGCUACAGAGCACCAUCAGAGUGUGAAGGAGCUCUGCAAGACUGUCAGCUACAAGUCAUGCCUUCCUAAGUCACAUCGUCAUGACAUCCAGAAACGAAACCGCCUUGAUCGUUAUCGAAUCCGAAACACCCUCAAGCAUUUAUUAAAGAAGCUUGGCAACUGCUCAGUUGAUGAGUGCAGCUUGAAGCUCAAGUACCUGAUUGAACUGGCUGGCAUCGCACCUUCUUGGGGACAAGAAACCUUCGAAGUGAAUCGCUCUUCCUCCCAUUUGAUGUCAACUGUCUCUCUCGUACGGGUCACUGGGGCAGCUGGCAUUCAAACCAGUGGAAGUUGUCAUCCUGAUGAUGCCCUGUGGCAGACCUUCUGUGAUUUCAAAGACAUCAUUGACAUCAGUAUAAAAAUGGCGUGCCAUGAGCAGGUUCCCCAAGACAGCAGGAUGGUGACAAUAACCCGCAAGGAUGACAGAUGCUUGGAGGCCAAGUUCCAGAGUCUCAAGGAAGCACUUUCAUUUGUGUCACUUGUUGACGGCUACUUCAGACUGACCACAGACUCCAGCCACUACUUCUGUCAAGACAUUGCUCCUCCAAGUAUUCUGGAGGGGAUCAAAAACCACUGUCAUGGCCCAAUCACAUCAGAGUUUGCGGUCAACAAGCUGAAAAAGUCGGGAUGUAAAGGUGGUACGUUCCUUCUGCGGCAGAGUCCCAACAAUUAUGACAACUUCUUCCUCACUGUUUGUGUUCAGACUCCACUUGGACUUGAUUAUAAAGACUGUCUCAUUAUUAAGAAUGAGAAGUACAGUCUUCCUGGUGUCCAGAAAACAUUUUCCAGCUUGAGAGAGCUCACCAGUUAUUACCAACACAACAAGCUUAUACUGGCUGAAGUACCUGUGAAGCUGGCCCGCUGCUGUCCCCCCCGACCCCAAGAGCUUACAAAUCUGAUCAUCAUACGCAACAGCAGCUCUGUCGAGGAUCAAGGGUCCCCCACACCUGAAAGGAACAGAUUUAGUCAUAUCCAGUUCCACAUGAUCAAAUAUGAAGACCUGACAUGGGGUGAAAGCCUCGGGCAGGGAUCCUUCACUCGAAUUUUCAAAGGCUACAAAACAGAUAUUCGUGAUGGGGAGAAACACGUGACAGACGUUUUCCUGAAAGAGCUUGAUGCCAGUCACAAAAGCUGCUGGGAGUCAUUUUUUGAAGCUGCCAGCUUGAUGAGUCAGAUUUCUCACAAACACCUCCUCCUUGUGUAUGGUGUUAGUGUUCAUGGAAUAAAAAACAUCAUGGUGCAGGAGUUUGUCGAGUACGGGGCCCUCGACCUUUACUUGAAGAGAGGGAGAUCUGUGUCAGUGAGCUGGAAACUUGACGUAGCCAAACAGCUGGCGUCUGUCCUCAACUUUCUGGAAGAAAAAAACAUUGUUCAUGGAAAUAUCUGUGCGAAGAAUCUGCUGCUGGCCAGAGAAGGCGACCUGUCACAGGGCAGCUCUCCUUUCAUCAAGCUGAGCGACCCGGGCAUCAGUGUAGUCAUGCUGGACAAGGAUGUGAUCCUGGACAGGAUCCCCUGGGUGGCCCCCGAAGUUGUGGAGGCCCCGGACAACCUGACUCUGGAGUGUGAUAAGUGGAGCUUUGGUGCCACCAUGUGGGAAAUCUUCAACAGUGGAAACAAUCCACUGCAAGGCUGGGAACUACACCAGAAGCAGCAGUUUUACGAGACCUUCCAGUCGCUGCCUCCCUCCCAGUGGACUGAGCUGGCCGAUCUGAUCAGUCAGUGUAUGGACUACCAGGCGGCCCUCAGACCUUCCUGUCGCAGUAUUAUUCGUCAACUCAACAGUCUGAUCACUUCAGCAGACUAUGUGAUACUACACGGCACUGAGCCCGUCACACAGAGCCCCCUGUACACAGCGCUCAGCCCUGCUCAGCACAUCCAGACGUUGCUUGAGGAGAGACACCUACGCUACAUCUCCCUCCUGGGAAAAGGAAACUUCGGCAGCGUUGAGCUUUGCCGUUAUGACCCGCUGGGUGAUAACACGGGUGAGCUGGUCGCUGUGAAGAAGCUGCAGCCCAACAAGCAGUCGACCCUGGAGGACUUCAAGAAGGAGAUCAAAACCCUCAGUGUUCUCGAGUGCGACUACAUCGUCAAAUACAGAGGAGUCUGCUACAGCAUGGGUCGCCUCAGCAUGAGCUUGGUGAUGGAGUACCUGCCCUAUGGCAGCCUCAUUGGCUAUUUGGAAAAUAAACGACAUAACGUUAACACCAGGCGAAUGCUGCUUUUUGCUUCUCAGAUCUGCAAGGGGAUGGAGUACCUGCAGACCCUGCGUUAUGUUCACAGAGACCUCGCAGCCAGAAAUAUCCUUGUGGCCAGUGAGUCACUAGUGAAAAUUGCUGAUUUUGGUCUGACCAAGAUUAUUCCGUCGGACAAGGAAUACUACCGAGUCACACAGCCUGGAGAGAGCCCCAUUUUCUGGUACGCUCCAGAGUCCAUCAGUGAGUUCAGAUUCUCCCACAAGUCAGACGUCUGGAGUUUUGGAGUCGUUCUUCACGAGCUCUUCUCUUACUGUGACAUGAACUCCAACCCAAAAAGACUGUGUAUGCAGGAGAUUGGACACAAUGUGCAGAGCCCAUCCUUCUCAGUGCAUCUGGCAAAUAUUCUAAAGAAUAACUGGAGGUUGCCGGCUCCUCCAAACUGCCCACCCAAGGUGUAUGGUUUGAUGAAGGAGUGCUGGGCGUACGACUUCAAGGAGCGGCCGUGCUUCUCCAGCCUGGCAAACCAAAUAGAAGAUAUCAUGCAGGACGAGAGAGAGCACCCAAAAGGCUGACAAGGAGCAUAUUUGCACCUCACAGUUGAACUCUUGAGAGCAACAGUCUGAAAUGAUCCAAUCAUUUGCUGUCCCUGUCGAAAUUCAUUUUACACAGAGCUCACACUCACUGGAUUGGACACACACCCAAUCAUGUAAGCAUUCACAGACUGAUAACAGAAUUUUAGUUAGAGUGUUGGGCUCCCAUAAAUCUAAUCUAGGCUACUCCCUAAGCACAGGUCAAGCUCACUUUUUGUUGUUGAUUAGUUUUUAAUCAAACGCUGUUUUGGGUGACCAGCAUGAUUUUCAAACUAGCAGAUAUUGUGCUAAACCCUGCCUCACCACAGAAGAGGACAUCAACAUUUAGCUAAGGCGUAUGAAAAAUAGAAGUUAUCUGGACGUAAACUUCAGUUCUAUGAGUAAAUGUGUAAACCAUUAGAGGCUGGGCACAUAUGAAACAGAACAUUUAUUGUUCACAGUGACAGAGCUCUAAAAAUCUUUCCCUAACCACAACUAACACACAGCUACACAAUGUCUAAGAUCUUAGUGUGGUACCUUUAUUUCAGGUCAUAGACAAAUAUAUUGUUGACAAUGUUCAUAAAACAAAGAAAAAUUUAAAUGCUCAAGACUCACAUUUGUAGUGUAGUGUGUAGUGUAUAGAAGAAUUGCAGAUUUAAAAUUUUACGAGGGGUAAUUUCUAAAAAUGUGUUGAAAAAAUGUUUUUUUCAUCUGAUAUUCUCUUUUCUACAUUUAUACCGUGGUUAUGUUUUGCUGUAGUGAAGAAUUUGUCUUUUGCUGUAUUUGAUAAUGUUUAAUAUAAAUCAACUUUGUGGCAA